AUGUGUCCACCGCCUGAAAAAAUUAAAACCAAAGGAGGGGUUAAGAAAAAAGGGAAGAGACCUGUGGGAUAUGAUGUUUAUCGUGAUCCUUCAGGAUAUGAGUAUGUUGAUCAAUCACAUUUGAAUUACAUCAGACCAUUUAUUGAUGACAUUGUUGAUGUAAGAGAUGAUGGAAAUUGUGGUUUUAUAGCCAUUGCAUCUUUGCAUGGUUAUGACACAAAUGGAUGGUCAAUGGUUCGUCGGGAUUUGGAGAAAGAAAUUAUAGGUCCUAGAAGCAAGUUGUAUGAGGAUUUAUUUGGUCAACGCCUUCCAACAGUGAGAUCAUCGUUGGUGAUAGAAACUUUAGGUCAACAACCACCAAAUAAAUGGAUGACGUUACCUGAGUUGGGCUAUGUAAUAGCUAAUCGGUAUAACGUUGUUCUCGUCUCUUUAGGUCACCUUAGUUUGAGGUACUUUCCUAUGACGAGUGCACAUUCACCUAAUGCAUCCAUUUACUGUAUCGGCUUUGUCAAUGGAAAUCAUUGGGUUCAGGUAAACAUGAAUGAAGGAUUCCCGUUGCCACCUGUCACAACUGAUUGGACGAAAUAUCGCACAAAAGAUGCAACUUCUUGGAUGGUAGGAUUUGCCGGGCGGUUACAACAUUGGCAACGGCUAAUGCCUAUACUACCAAAAUAUGUCAGCUUAGACUGA